AUGGCAGCCCGAUCACAAUUCCGGUUCCAUUCGCUGCUGCUGGUAGCGCUGGUACUUGUCUCGAUUCUCGGUGCACAGUAUGGAGCCCGCGCUGCCAUACUGACGCGUGCCAUCGAAGCACAGAAAUCGCUGGUCGAACGGGAAGAGCAGGCCCUGCAGGAGGCAAAAGAUCAAGUAUAUCGGACGGCACAGAACGCGAUGGAUGUGUCGCGGGAUGCUGUAUCGAAUGUGGCGGAACAGCUCCGGUAUGUCGUUAGCUAUCCGUGGCGUAUGGCUAGUGAAGCACUGGAAAAACCGAAACUGUACGCAAAGUAUAUGCUGUACAAGGCGUCGAAUGCGUUGAACGCCGAACCUGUGACAACGCCCGUUCCAGUGGUGCUGACGAACGAGUACACCACGUCCCAGGAACCGGAACCGGUGGAGAUGGAAAUGUUUCCACAGCUGAUUUCGGGUUUGCGGUCGCUGUUUAAUCCUGAUCCUACGGAACCGAACAAGGAUCUGCCAAAGCCGAGCCCAUUCAUUGAGAUAAUUGAAAUUAAGCAGCCAAUAACUUCGGAGAUGCAGGUCCCACAGCCCACAAUUGGCGAAAUCGAUAAGGAACCGCAAGAGAAAGAAGUCAUUCAGCUAUAA